AGUCUCUGCGAAGCUAGCCAGCGAGCGAGAGAGAGAGAGAGAGGGAGGCGACAACUAGCUUAGCUGAGAAAAUGCCGGCGGGUCAUGGAGUGAGGGCGAGGACGAGGGACUCCUUCUCUCGGCCCUUCAGGAAGAAGGGGUACAUCCCGCUGACGACGUACCUCCGGACGUACAAGAUCGGCGACUACGUCGACGUCAAGGUGAACGGCGCCGUCCACAAGGGCAUGCCCCACAAGUUCUACCACGGCCGCACCGGACGCAUCUGGAACGUCACCAAGCACGCCAUCGGCGUCGAGGUCAACAAGCAGGUAGGGAACCGAAUUAUCAGGAAGAGGAUCCAUGUGAGGAUCGAGCAUGUUCAGCCCUCGAGGUGUCAGGAGGAGUUUAAGCAGAGGAAGGUCCGCAACGAUGAGUUGAAGGCGGCGGCGAAGGCACGCGGGGAGAAGAUCAGCACGAAAAGACAGCCUAAGGGGCCCAAACCCGGCUUCAUGGUUGAGGGCGCGACCAUGGAGACUGUCACUCCUAUUCCGUAUGAUGUCGUCAACGACUUGAAGGGUGGUUACUAGUUCAAGUGGCCCUCGGAUGUUUUCAGGAGUCUUAUCUUCAGCUCAGUGUUUUGUUACAUUAUCUUCUUUCCUAUCUUGAACUGCGGAUGAGCAAUUGUGUUGGGUCAUAGACUUAUAAGUCGAAUCAGUUUUGUUUUUUA